UUCCUAGACGUUGUGUGUCACGUGUUUCCGGUACCCGAAGCAGGAUGGCGACCGUGGUAUUGGCAACCUGGUCCAGAACUGGAAUAUGGUGUUGGCGGGGUCUCCGUUCUACGCUGCCUAGUUUGUUAAAUGUAAGCAAGGAAACGGCGACAGGAGGUGGUGUCAAACAUUCUUUUCGUCAACAAUCAAGCUAUUCAGCACUUCCAGAAGAUUAUAAUUGCAAGGUGGAACUUGCCAUGACAUCAGAUGGCAAAACUAUUGUCUGUUAUCACCCUUCUGUUGAUAUACCUUAUGAACACACAAAGCCUAUGCCUCGGCAAGACCCUGUACAUAAUCAAGAAGAAACACAAGACCAUAUGCUCAAGGCCAGACUGAGUGACACCGAAAAUAAGCCAGGGCCAACCAUGGAAGAGCUCAGCAAAAUGUUUUACACAACAAAGCACCGGUGGUAUCCGAUUGGACAAUAUCAUAGAAGACGCAUCAACAAGAACCCUCCUAAGGACAGAUGAUUUGACGGAUGUUUUCUCUGAAAUUACAGACUAUUAUAUUUCAUCAUGUACGCUCUUUGCGAUGAGCUGUUGUGUUGAUGGUACAGAACAAACUGUAUAGGCAGUAAUAACUAAUAAAUUGUAUCUUUCACAGUU